AUGUCUUUUGAAACAUGUUUUGAUGGAGAAGAUGAUCUGGAACAGCCAGCAGACGAUGCUGGAGCAGCGGCAGAGCAAGGCGUCGAAGAGUCGGAACCUGAUGCAACAGGUGUGGAACUCUACAAUCAUGUGGCACAGGGACAUCAGCCUUACCUUUCCUCUUGUUUGUCAUGUGUGCGAGCGUGUGGAAGAGCACCCGCAAGAAGGUUGAGACAUGCACAUGGGCCCAGCUCGGUUGGAGCUGAUUUCACAUUCAUGGGAAGUUUGAAGAUUUUGGUGAUUGUGGUUUUCUGCAGCGGCUUCUUGUCCGCCUUUGUCAUGGACCCGCUCAAUUCAGAGGCCAACGCAAGGUCAGUCAAUCGGUCACUGCGAGAGGCAGGGCUGACCGGGCGCCAUGUAGAUCUGAAUUCGGACGGGGAGGCGACUCUUUUAGCUCUCUUCAGAUUGGCUGCGAGAAUGGAAACAUCACCUGUGACAGGUCUCAGUUAUAGCACUUUCGCUCCCGAAAGGUCUCAGUCCAAUGGCCGCGUGGAGCGCGCCAAUCAAACGGUCAAGGAGCUCACGGCGGCGAAUUUAUUUUUCCUUGAGGCACAAAUUGGCCGAAGAAUCCCUCUUGAGUCACCUCUGGUUCCCUUCGCCAUUGACUACGCCUGCAAAACCCAUAACGCCUUCCAUCAGAAACAAGGAUCGAGAGCCACUGUCUUGGAUCGGAUUAGGGGGAGACUCAAUACCCCUAAGCCAAGUACGUUGCCAUUCGGUUGCCUAGCUCUUGGGAAGGCUGUUUCAAGCAGCGCGAUCAGGGAAGAGGAACGCCUCAUGCCAUUCGUGUAUCUCGGACCGCUUCUUAGUACAGGUGGAGGAUGCAUUGGCAUCGCCGCACAGGAAGCAAGGCUUGGGCUUUCAGAAGAAGAGGUGCUCAAGGUCAGAAAAUUCCAAACAGCGAGAGCUGUGGUGCCGUGUCAGUGGCCGGUUGCGGACUUAGAGGUUCUUUGUCUACCUGCUCCACAAGGCGUACCACCUCCUGCUGAACCAGCGUUGCCGGUUGAUCCAACAGAACCAGAACCUGGAGAUGCACCACCAGCAGAAGGUGAGAGACCUAGAGGAGACAAAGCCCCAGUCGUAGUCCCAACCAGCGGUCCACCCAAAGACUGGAUCCUCAAGGAAGGGACAACUCCGAACUGCUAUGCAUGUGAGCAGAUCCGCAAGAGUGGCAAAGCACACGGUCGUGUUCAUUCCUCAGCCUGUAAGGCACGUUACAAAGCUUGGUUGGAAGAGCAAGCAAGACUGAGAGAGGAAGAAGAGCAGAAAAACAAGAGACCUCGUCUUGAGCAAGAGGUGCAGCCAGCACCAUUGCCAGGAGUUUUGCCAGCACCUCCAGCAUUGGGCGAUGCGCCACCUGGACAAGGUGGUGAUGUGAACAUGGAAGACCUUGAGCCGGUCCCACCAGGGGACGCAAUGGACAUUGAUGCGCUGAUUGAUCAUCAUGUUCGAGAAGUGGAAGAUGAAUUUCUGGGUCGAUCUGAUCCCACGCAUGUUGGAAGUCAGUUGUUUGUGUCCCAUUCAUGGAAGUUGAGAGCAGCGACGGAUGCUUCAGUCCAUUGGUUUCAGUGUCAGUGUUUGGGGCGCACAGUCUGGCAGGCAAUUCCCAUCCCUAUGAGAUGCGAAACUUCUGGACAGACGAUGGAGCUCAAGAACAUCGUUGCAGCGUUUGAAAAAGAGUUUUCCCAGCUCACUCACUUGAAGGUGGGCAAGUGGAUCACGGAAGCCGAAGCCAAGAAGUUGUCGCAUUCUUUGCAACGAAAGGUUCUGGCCACCAGAUGGGUAGUGGUUCAAAAGCCGUCCAAAGUCAGAGCACGCAUUGUAGCAAAAGAUUUCAGGGCCUGUGGAUUGUCUUCUUUGCGAGAAGGACAUUACAGUCCGACUGCAAGCUUGGAAGCUCUCAGAUUGCUGUUGGCAAUGGCGGAAACAUACCAGUGGUCUCUUUGCACACUGGAUAUCUCCACCGCAUUUUUGUAUGCGGAGUUGGACAAAGAAGAAAGACAGCCUAUAUGUUUCCCCACUUCUACAUUGUCAGCAACAGGAGAACGAUUGCAUCUCCAAUUGGAGAAGGCUUUGUACGGGCUCAGACGGGCCCCAUUGGCCUGGUACCGACAGUUGGUUGGAGCAUUGGCGUCUUUGGGAUUCAAACCAACGUCGGAGUCCACAGUGAUGAGGUUUGAGCUCAGUGAUCCAUCCAAAUUUCUUUUGGUUUUGAUCUACGUGGACGACCUCCUCAUCACCGGAAAGCUCAACGUUGGUGAAGUUGGCGUCAUUGAGUUUUUGGGGAGGCAGAUCAAGCGUGACAGUGUCAAGGGACACUUGACCCUGGGACUUUCGGCAAGCUAUGUGGAUGGCAUGGAAGAAUUGAUGGGGAUGAAUCUCACGCCCUCAAAAGCAGUGCCAAAGCUUGCAGACUUGCUCAAGAAAGAAGAUCACGACUUGGAUGCUACAGAAGCUACCAAGUUCCGAAGUGUGCUUGGAAAGCUGGCCUGGUUCAGCCUGACCAUGCCCAACAUGAGCUACCAAGUGAGCCUCCUCUCUUGCUACCAGUCGACUCCGACCAAAGUGGGUUGGCUGAUGUUGGUUGAAGUGAUUCGUUUUGCAAAGGCAUACAAGCACUAUAGGCAGGUUUUUGGGUCGACAGGUUCGUCAUGGUACUCUCCAGAUGAUUUGCAGCUUUACGCAGUUUGUGACGCCUCUUGGAGGCUGAAGAGUCAGAUGGGUGGUGUGAUUUUGUUUGCCGGGAGCAUGGUGAAAUGCUACAGUCGCCGUAUCUCUUCGACAUGUUUGUCGUCGGCCGAGUCCGAAACCUUCAGCAUAGUGGAGGCUUGCCACGAGAGCAUUGGCAUUGCGUUGAUGGCCGAGACGUUCCUUUGGGGACUACCUGAGAGAUCCAGCACUGGCGAUUUUGUUCGCACCUCCGGCACCAUGACCACCAACAUCAAAACCGACAGCGAAGCAGCAAAGUCCAUUGGAGGCAUGUUCAUGACGCUUCUCAGACGAGUUCGUCAUUUGGAACUGAGAGUCUAUCGACUCCAAGAACUGGUUUCCUUAGGCAGAAUCCUGUUGGAAUAUAUACAGGGCGCAAUCAAUCCAUCAGACUCGCUCACAAAAGACAGCGACCAGGCGCAUAUGGAGUUGUUGUUGGAGUGUUUGGGCCUUGAGGAAGAUGCGAAGGAGGUUUCCAGGGUUCGGACGUUCGUUGAAUACGCCUUGGAUGGGUUCGACUUGCUUAGCGGACAACAUAAGCGCAGAGCAGUCACCGCUUUGGAACGAGGAUUGAGCCUGUUGGGAAUCGGAGGUUCUCAAAGAGAGAAUGUGGGGACUGGAAUCGAUCCAGAAGUGACACACCCUACAUGGGCUCAUCAGGUAGGUGUUUUGCCGCGACCACAGAAACAUGUUCACUUUUCAGAUGCAGUUGAAAGGGUUGAAUUUGAUGUGGACGAAAGCGUAUCGGCCUUCAGAGCUAUCCCAAAAUCAUGGGAUCGAGUUAUGAAACGUCACCCAGUUUUGGAAACACUCCGCAAACCUUUGCAGAUGUUUGGCCGUGGAGUUGAGCCACUUGUGAUUGAGUUGUGUUGCGAACCUGAAUCAGGUGUCAGGCAGGCCUGUGAGUUUCUCAAAAUACCGUAUGUAGGUGUCACUAGGGCGAUUGAUCUCGGAAAUGCUCAAACAAUCCAGUUGAUUCGAGGAGUUUUGGAAAGAAAAGGGUCAGUUGGAGUUUGGAUUUCAUCGCCGUGCGCUGCUGGCUGCCGAUACCGCUUCAUCAACAACAGAACUCAGUCCGGGUUGCUCAAAUGGCGAGGCAGGUACAAUGAACAUAGGGCCAUUUGGUUGUCUUUGCGUCGAAUUUUCCAAGAGAGAGCAGACAAAGCAAGUUUGAUGAUUGGGCAAGAAUGGCCAGAGUACUGCGAUUUGUUUGGAUGUGCCACAUACAAGAAAACGGCUGAGUUGAUGCACUUGAAACAUCGGUCUUUUGUGUGUCGCAUGUGUUUGGACGGAAUCUUUAAGAAAUGGGAAGUUCGUAGCAACUCAGAGAAACUGAGCCGCUUCUUGGGCACACCAGCCUGUGCCUGUGUACGACCGCCUGGACCUCGGAUGGUAUCUUUGAAGAAAUCUGGGGAAUACUCAUUUGAAGUUGGAAGAUUCUUUGUGGAAGGGUUUUUGCAAUGCACUAGGAACUGA